GUUCGUGAGCGAGGGUUCCCCGGGGAGCCUGCCCGUGCUGGCUGCGGCCGCGAGGGCCCGGGGUCGGGCGGAGCUGCUCAUCAGCACCGUAGGCCCCGAAGAGUGUGUGGUACCAUUCCUUACCCGGCCUAAGGUCCCUGUCUUGCAGCUGGAUAGUGGCAACUACCUCUUCUCUGCUAGUGCAAUCUGCCGAUAUUUUUUUCUGUUAUGUGGCUGGGAACAAGAUGAUCUCACCAACCAGUGGCUGGAAUGGGAGGCAACAGAACUGCAGCCAGUUCUGUCUGCUGCCCUACACUGUCUAGUGGUUCAAGGCAAGAAAGGGGAAGAUAUACUUGGCCCACUUCGGAGAGUCCUGACUCACAUUGAUCACAGCUUGAGUCGUCAAAACUGUCCUUUCCUGGCUGGGGACACAGAAUCUCUAGCUGACAUUGUUUUGUGGGGAGCACUGUAUCCUUUACUGCAAGACCCAGCUUACCUCCCUGAGGAGUUGGGUGCCCUGCAAAGUUGGUUCCAGACACUGAGUACCCAGGAACCGUGUCAGCGAGCUGCAGAGACGGUGCUAAAACAGCAGGGUGUCCUGGCACUUCGUCUGUACCUCCAGAAACAGCCACAGCCUCAGCCCCCGCCUCCUGAGGGGAGAACUGUCAGCAACGAGCUGGAGGAAGAGGAACUGGCUACCUUGUCUGAGGAGGACAUCGUUACAGCUGUUGCCGCGUGGGAGAAGGGUCUGGAAAGCCUGCCUCCGCUAAAGCUCCAGCAGCAUCCAGUGUGAGUAGACACCGAGAGUGAGGUUUGGUUUUGUUACUGGAAACAGUUGCCAGGUAACAAAGCAGGCUCCUCUGCUUUGCUCAUGGAAUGUUGAUGCCAGUAAGGUAAAGAGAUGUUUACAAUAUUGACAGUUGUGUAUUUAUGAAUUUUUAUUUAAGUUUUGUUUAUUUUAUGUAUGUGAGUACACUGUCACUGUCUCAGACACACCAGAAGAGGGCAUCAGAUCCCAUUACAGAUGGUUGUGAGCCACCAUGUGGUUGCUGGGAAUUGAACUCAGGACCUGCGGAAGAGCAAUCAUUGUUCUUAACUGCUGAGCCAUCUCACCAGCCCAGUAAAGCACUUUUUGCAUAAACCUAACAAUCUGAAUGUGACCCCCAGAACCCACAUAGAGGUGGGAGGAGAAAAUGGACUAUACCCAGUUGUCUUCUGACCUCCAUAUGUGUGCUGAGCCAUUCUUGCCCCACUCCAAAAAUCAUGGGGUUUGCUUGUUUUUAUUUCAUGUGUCCUACUGUUUUUAUUGCACGUAUGUAUGUGCACUACAUGUGUGCAUGGUUCCUAUGGAGGACACAUAUGUAGUGGAGAAGAGGGCAUCUGGAGUUACAGAUGGCUGUGAGCCUCUGCAAGAGCAGCACCCCUCACCUAUCUCUGCAGGUCUCCCCACUUCUACCUUUGAGAUGGACUUUAGCCUUGGCUGGCCUGGAACUCACUGUAUAGACCAGGCUCCUUUAGAACUCACAGAGCUCUGUCAGUCUCUGCCUCAAAGACUCUGCCUUUAACCUGCUAGGGUUGAAGAUAAUGUGCCACUAUGCCCACUAAGAGAUACACUGUUUCCCAUGUGUGUACUGGCUAACCUGUCACCAUCACCAAGAGAUAUACUGUUUCACUCGACUGACCAAGAGAUCCACUGUUUUAUAUGUUCAUUCUGGCUAAGGUAUUUACCUAUAGGCCAGCUGCCUUUGGCUUAGCCUGAAAUUUCAGCUCCUUGGGAGGCUGAGACAGGAGAAUUUCAAGCUCAAGAUAUCUUGGGCAACUUACUUAGACCCUGUCUUAAAACGUAAACAAAUGUCCUGGAAGCCACUUGUGUCAUAAGCAGGUUAGUCCCAGUAGGCAGGAGGACCAGCAGGUUAGGCCAGCCUUGGCUAUAUAGUGAUCCAUCCUGUCAUUAAAAACCAUCCACUAAUCAAGCAAAAAGGUCCAGGGUCAGUGGUAGGGUUUUUGCUUAGCAUGCAUAAGGAUCUAGACUGAAUCUUUAGUACUGCAAAAAUCAAGACCAUAUGCAAAUUACAUUGUCUUCUUACUCUGUGUGGUGUGUGUGAAAGAGAAUGCAGAUGCACACAUACCACCCUGUGUGUAGAGGUCAGAGACAGUUUUGCGGAAGUCAGUUUUCCCUGUCCACGUUGGGCUGCAGCGGUGAAGUUGAGGAUGGUAGACUUGUGUUACAAGCCCUUGGCUGCCUGAGGUGUCUCAGCAGCCCCGGCCAGGCUGCUUUCCCCUUCAGACCUCGGUUGUGUUUUGUCCCUUGUCAACAUCCAGUCAGCAGUCACACGCCAGAUCCCAUCUCAAAGCUUUGCCCAGGUCUGAGAAUUUUAAAUGAAGAAACUCCAGAAAUAAUCUAUUCUGAAGUAGCUAGCCCUGGCUGUCCUGGAACUUGCUCUGCAGAGCAGACAGGCCUUGAACUCUGAGAUCCAUCUGUCUCAGCCACCACUGCCAAGGCAUCCGUUGCCUGUGCCUGGAGAGAGGAAUGUUCUCAUCACCAGUGCCCUCCCCUAUGUCAACAAUGUCCCCCACCUUGGAAACAUCAUUGGCUGUGUGCUCAGUGCUGAUGUCUUUGCAAGGUAUUGUCGCCUUCGCCAGUGGAAUACCCUCUAUCUGUGUGGUACAGAUGAGUAUGGUACUGCGACAGAGACCAAGGCCAUGGAGGAGGGCCUAACCCCACGGGAAAUCUGUGACAAGUACCAUGCCAUCCAUGCUGACAUCUACCGCUGGUUCGGCAUAUCGUUCGAUACUUUCGGGCGCACUACCACUCCUCAGCAGACCAAAAUCACCCAGGACAUCUUCCAGAGGUUGCUGACCCGGGGGUUUGUGCUGCGAGAUACUGUGGAGCAGCUUCGGUGUGAGCGGUGUGCACGUUUCCUGGCUGACCGCUUUGUGGAGGGUGUGUGUCCCUUCUGUGGCUAUGAAGAGGCCCGAGGUGACCAGUGUGACAGGUGUGGCAAGCUCAUCAAUGCCAUUGAGCUCAAGAAACCACAGUGCAAAAUCUGCCGCUCCUGCCCUGUGGUGAGGUCCUCACAGCACCUGUUUCUAGACUUGCCUAAGUUGGAAAAGCGUCUGGAGGACUGGUUGGGGAAGACAGUGCCUGGCAGUGACUGGACACCCAAUGCCAGGUUCAUUAUACGUUCCUGGCUUCGAGAUGGCCUCAAGCCACGAUGCAUCACCAGAGACCUCAAAUGGGGAACGCCUGUGCCCUUGGAAGGUUUUGAGGACAAGGUAUUUUACGUCUGGUUUGAUGCUACUAUUGGCUACGUGUCCAUCACAGCCAACUACACAGACCAAUGGGAGAAAUGGUGGAAGAACCCAGAACAAGUGGACCUUUACCAGUUCAUGGCCAAAGACAAUGUUCCCUUCCAUGGCUUGGUCUUUCCGUGUUCAGUCCUAGGAGCUGAGGACAACUACACCCUGGUCAAGCACAUCAUUGCUACAGAGUACCUGAACUAUGAGGAUGGGAAAUUCUCUAAGAGCCGGGGCAUAGGAGUGUUUGGAGACAUGGCCAAGGAUACAGGAAUCCCUGCUGACAUCUGGCGAUUCUAUCUGCUAUACAUUCGGCCUGAGGGCCAGGACAGUGCCUUCUCCUGGACAGACUUGUUGAUUAAAAACAAUUCUGAGCUGCUCAACAACCUGGGCAACUUCAUCAACAGAGCUGGCAUGUUUGUUUCUAAGUUUUUUGGCGGUUGUGUGCCUGAGAUGGCGCUAACCCCUGAUGACAGACGCCUGGUGGCCCAUGUCUCUUGGGAACUCCAGCACUAUCACCAGCUGUUGGAAAAGGUUCGGAUCCGGGAUGCCUUGCGCAGUAUCCUCACCAUAUCUCGCCAUGGCAACCAAUACAUUCAAGUGAAUGAGCCCUGGAAACGGAUUAAAGGUGGUGAGAUGGACAGGCAGCGGGCAGGCACAGUGACAGGCAUGGCAGUGAACAUGGCUGCCUUGCUGUCUGUCAUGCUGCAGCCAUACAUGCCCACAGUCAGCUCUACCAUCCAGACCCAGCUGCAGCUCCCACCUGCAGCCUGCCGCAUCCUUGCCACAAGCUUCAUUUGUACCUUGCCAGCAGGCCACCGAAUUGGCACAGUCAGUCCUUUGUUCCAAAAACUGGAAAAUGACCAGAUUGAAAAUUUGAGGCAGCGCUUUGGAGGGGGUCAGCUAGAAGAGUCCUUGGAGUUAAAGGCUAAAGGCUCCCCCAAGCCAGCAGCUGUGGAGGCAGUUACAGCAGCAGGCUCGCAGCACAUACAAACGCUGACGGAUGAGGUGACCAAGCAGGGCAACGUCGUCCGGGAACUGAAAGCACAGAAGGCAGACAAGAACCAGGUUGCUGCAGAGGUGGCUAAACUCUUGGAUCUAAAGAAACAGUUGGCUUUGGCUGAGGGGAAACCCAUUGAAACUCCUAAAGGCAAGAAGAAAAAGUGAGAGGCUGUUGACACAAAGUCACUUUACUGGACAUGGACAGUAAUAAACAAUGUACCGUCUAUGUGCAAGCCGA